AUGGCGAGAGAGGAUGAGAUUUUGGAAAGCUUGAAAACUGCCAGCCAAAGGCUUCAGCCACAAGAGGCAGCUGACUUUUGGCAGAAGCUGGAAGCAGUUGGAGAAAUGGACCGAUCUGCUCUGCUGCAAUUUCUGAAUGAUGGUGUCCUUGGAGGACAAUGUGUCCUUGGAGCCGCACUUGUGAUUAGUUCCUACGCUGAUGGUCCUCCUAGUCCCAGAAGUGUCACACAGAUGCAGAUCUGCGAAAGCGAAGCUGCACUUGUUGCCCAAGCUUUUCUUGACGCCACGGGAAAGCCGCCUAUCACCAAGUCUCAGCCAACUCGGGACGAGUUCCUUACCCUGAUCGAGAAAUGGAUUGAGGAAGUGAAAGAGGCCAAGAAGCAUGGGUUCAAGGAUUUCCUUUUUUACUACGCUGGCACUGGUUGUGAGUUGAAAGACAAUGCAUUCCAGUUCAUACCAGCUGGCUCCAAGCGUGUGGAUGACUACAUUUUUUUGGCAAGCAUCAUAGCCAAAAUUGAAGAGGCAGAAAUCAGUGGCUGCAAUGUGAUCUUUGGAAUUGACGCUUGUCGCAACAGCCCAAGAAAUGUUGCCAGUGUGCACGUUGUCGAACCCCCCCACAACAACGUGUAUGCCAGGCUCUUUUCAACUCCGUCUGGGAACACUGCAGAACAUUCUGGCUGGUUGAGCCCCUUUGCGGAGCAAAUGGCAGAGUCCAUUCCCCGCAUGACCGGUAGCAGCCAGAUUGACUCCAUCCUCAAGGAGGUGAUGCAUGCAAUCCGCGAGAGCGUGGAUCAGGAAGAACCUGUGCUUCAAGGUAUAGACCGUUCGUCUUCAAGCAACUCCAGUGUCAGGAACUCUUCUGGCUCUGGUCCUUCGCUACUUUCCAGGUUGAAAAAGUGGGGCUAUAGCAUUUUUUCGAUGAACUUAAGUGCAACACUUCGUGAUUCCGAGGUGGAAGACAUCCGGAUAUCGCACAGGAGGAGGGUUAAUCGUCACACUGCACCAACAGAGCACCCGCGGUUUGUUAUCAUCGGCAAUACAGAGUCAGCAAGUGCUGCAAUUUCAGACUUCAAGACGCGUGGUAUGGGGCCGCAUUACCUCAUCUUGAAGGAUGGCAGUCGCCGCCAGCUGGUGAAAGAAAAAUACAUGGCCUGGUGCUACAAUUUUGCCUUCUGGGAGUCAAAGGAUGUUGGGGCACCGGACGAUGUCCCAAACACAUACCCUGGGGUAGGCAAGAUCAACGAAUUGAAGACCUAUGCUGUAUCUAUUGUCUUGGAAGGUGAUGGCAGCGAGCCGUAUGAUGACAAGCAAUAUGCUACUCUUGUUUCUCUUCUCACAGAUAUUAAGGAGAGGUGGGCAGAACGUGGUGGACUCCCAGCAUGGAAUGUCCUAAGUGCAGGUGAGGUGGAACAACCACCACCUGCCUGUCCAUCACCUGGAGAAAGCUUUGAUUGGAGUCGGAAAGGGUUGGUGGAUGGUGGCUUCACUCUGGAGGUCAAAGGGUGUGAGAUGACCCAUCUACCUGAAGGCUUAGGCUUCAAAGAUGCUUUGCAAUCCCGCUUGAGAGAAUGGGGUUACGAAUUUGGUGAUGGCAACGACAACACGGGCCUAGAGAACCGACUGCGCGCCUUUCGACAUCGCUAUGUAAGGGGGCAGUCGAGUGGUCCUUUUGAAUUCUCUGAAGAAGAUUUUCAUGUCGCUGCCGCAGUGGUGGAAAAGGGGCAGCAUAUGGGACGAUGGGACGAUGGGACGAUGGGACCCCACGAUCAGCAGGCAACGGUGAUUCCCUGUGCUUCCAUCGUUUUCGCUGUUCCAGCACUGGUGCAGGUCGGCAAGUCCAAGGCUGGGGCAGCUUGGACGGCGCCGGGGUCGCCACGCGAUCCCAAAGCUCUGGCAGGUUUCGAGGAACCGUGGCCAUGGUGGGAUCCUUUGCCCAGCAGCUACACCAUCCGGCGGAGAUGGCAGGAUAUCGUUCGGUUCCAUGAGUCACUGAAGAUGGAGUUGGCCAAUGAUCCAGUAUUGGAUUGCAGACGGGUGAAGGCCAAAGUUCCUGUUCUUCCCAAUCCUCCAGACUUGGAUGCUUGGUUGAAGUCCUAUGCUGCCACCAACGAUGCAUGCGCGCUGGGCAGAACAUCCAUAGAGGUUUCGGGCAAGGACUUGUCACGUUGCUUUCAUGAGCUCGGAGAUCUCCAUUGGAUGUAUUGCCACAAUCGGCUGGUCCCCUACUUCAACGAUGCAACCAAGGUGUUAGAGGAGGUGCCAACUGAGGUCUUAGCGUCCUCCCGUGCCCUCCGGCGCUUCGUGACCGGUGGCGUGAGUGGUCGCCCUGCUCCCUCCGCUCUGCCGGUCCCGCCACGUUUCCUGGGCAAACUGCUUCCGGUGCUUCCUGAAGAGCAGGAGUUGGCGCGUGUGGCGAGGGAGUUGCGGAAGUCUAACUCCCUGGGAGCUCUGGGAGUGUCGCGCCCGAGGACCACCGGUGAGGCUUGGAAGCAUCCCAAUCGGACGUCGGGAAAGCUGGUGGUGAACCCGCUGUGA